GAGAGAGAGAGGACCAAGCCAACAAUCAUUUGCAAAAGCAUCUUUCGUCGUUCAUCAAUCCUUUUAAGCAAAAGAUAAGCAUCUUUCUUUCAACUUUCCCCUCUUAGAUCACUAUGGACAAAGAGCAGAGUCAGAGAAAGAGAGUAGAGGAAGAGAGCACUCAGGGAGCAUCCUCUUCUUCAUCCAUCUCUUCGGAAGCCACAAAUUUAUGUAGUGAUCAAUAUGACGUGUUCUUGAGCUUUAACGGCUCAGAUACUCGCAAGACAUUCACCGAUCACCUCUACCACAGUCUAUUCAAGGUAGGAACUGUACCAUUUUGCGUGUUUAGGGAUGAGAAUAGCAUCCUGAUUGGAGAGGAAUUUGGUUCAAAGAUUCUCGAUGCCAUUGUACGGUCUAAGAUUUCAAUCCCUGUCAUCUCCGAAAAUUAUGCUUCAAGCAAAUGGUGCCUCCGCGAGCUCAUUCAUAUCAUGAACUAUAAGAAGAGCGCGUCACACGUAGUGUUGCCUAUAUUUUACAAAGUUGCUCCAUCGGAAGUGCGGCAUCUAAAAGGAAAUUUUGGAAAUGCCUUCCAUUCGAGUCGGGAGCGUUUUGAUGAGAAGGAUAUCCAGGAAGGGCAACAAGCACUUAAUGAAGUCAGUUACUUAAAUGGAUGGGAAUCUCAGAAAAUUGCGGAUGGGCAUGAGGGCAAAUUAAUAGAACAUGUGGUUGAAACUGUUAUAAGCAAGUUACGGGAAUUUUUUCAGCUGGAUAUGCCUGAGCAACUAGUUGGACUUGAUGAUCGUAUGAAGGAAAUUUUGAAUUGGAUCGACAAUCCUUCCAUCAAUGCUCGAAUGAUUGGAAUUUAUGGUAUGGGUGGGAUAGGCAAGACAACUCUUGCCAAGUGCAUCUACAAUCAACUCUCAAAUAAAUUUGUGCAUGUUAGCUUCCUUCCAAAUGUUCGAGAAACUACCAGGCGCCACGGUAUUACAUAUCUACAAAGUCAACUAAUAUCAGAUAUACUACAAAACAAAAGUGAAGUGUCUAGAAUUGAUGAUGGAAUUAGUAUAAUCAAAUCUAGAUUCAAAGGGAAAAAGGUUCUCAUUCUUCUAGAUGAUAUAGAUGACAAGAGUCAACUAGAUGCGUUGGCUAGGGAGUGUCAUUGGUUUAUGGUAGGAAGUGUGAUCAUUGUUACAACUAGAAACAAAGCCAUUCUUGAUCAAUCUAAAUUUGAGGUAGACUACAAGUAUGAAUUGAAAGAAUUGGAUAAGGUGCAAACUUUGCUUUUGUUCAAUAGACAUGCAUUUCGUAUGGACCAUUCUCUGAGGGAGUUUGAGGGUAUAUCUCGUGAUAUCAUAUCCAACAUGGGUGGGCUUCCCUUGGCACUUCAAGUUGUAGGUUCAUACUUGUAUAAAAAAAUGAAUCGACAGGUAUGGGAAGAUGUGCGGGAACAAUUAAAAAAUGAACCACAUAGAGAUGUCCAAAAGAUAUUACAAAUUAGUUAUGAUGCAUUAGAAGAUGGAAAUAAACAAAAUUUUCUCGAUAUUGUUUGUUUCUUUAUUGGCAAAGAGAGAAGAUUCGCCAUGUACAUGUGGGAGGACUGUGGGCUUUAUCCAAGUCAAGGUAUUGAAGAGUUAAAGUUGAGGUGCUUAAUUAAAAUGAGAGAUGAUGGUCGGUUUGAGAUGCAUGACCAAUUGAGAGAUCUUGGAAGGAGCAUUUUUUUGCCAAGGACAACCGCUUGAGAAACGUAGCGGACCAUGGGACUACGACUACAAGAGAGUCUCAAGAGUACUACGUUUUGGAUUGAGAUGCCCCUUAUGGUUCCGCAAAAUUUUGCGGAGACGCCUCUCCUGGUUCUGCGACAUUUUACGGGCAGAUUCAAGCAGGAACUCCAAUGACGAUCUCCUUUAUGAAGUGAGAUGGCUUCAGUGGAUGGUCGAGCAAAGUGAUUUGUCUCUUUGGAUGAUUAAUUUGCAUCUACCAAAAUUAUCGAUACUGGAUUUAUCAUAUAGCAACAUCACAGAGAAUUGGCGAGGAUGGAGUUCAUUCACUGUAAGAUUGAAAAAAGAAGAUAUCCUUUUUGCGAUUUUAGGGUUUUGUUCUUGUUUAGCCGAUCAACUCAUUCUUUGACAGCUUAUUCUUCUUCUGUAUUAGGCAUCAAAGCAACUGAAAGUUCUCAACCUUGAAUGUUGUCCUAAUUUAAGAUGUACUCCUUAUCUCUCGGGAUUCACCCAAUUGAAGGUUCUCAUCUUGAGCCAUUGUGGCGGACUAGAGCAUCUCCACCCUUCUAUUGGCAAACUCAUGAGCCUUGUUUCCUUGGAUUUGAGUUUCUGUGGACGUCUCAAGGAGCUACCAGAGGAGGUGGGUGAAUUAAAAGAUUUAGAAGAACUUAAAUUAGAUUCUUCUGGUAUUACAAAGAUUCCUAUGUCUAUCGGUUUUUUGAGAAAGCUGGAGAAACUGAGUGCCUUCUAUUGUGGGUCAUUGAGAGAAAUCCCUAGCUCAAUUGGAUAUUUACAAAAUUUGCGACAGCUUCACUUGAGUCAUUCUGCAAUUGAAAAGCUUCCCAAUGCUAUUGGAAAGUUGAAAAAUCUGCGAACUCUAAAUCUCUCACGGUGUGAUAAUCUGAAAGGGGCAAUUCCAAGUGAAAUCGGUAACUUGCCUUUCCUCAAGAUUCUGAAUAUUGAUUUCACACCGAUAUCUAACCUGCCGGAAAGUAUUCGGAAUCUUUCUUCUCUCCAACACCUUGACCUAUCGAGCUGUAAUGAGCUCCGAUCGCUGCCAGAGCUUCCUUCGGGCUUAACAUAUCUAUCAAAGCCCCCAAUUGUAAGAACUCCAUCUUCAGAUUCAGAUUAAAGUUGCAUUUGAUGAAACUUGAUGAAACUUGAAGAAACUCCCAAAACACCACGGGUUGGAGAUAUAGAAAAGAGGAGAAGAAAGCAAAAAAGAUCAUAUCAAAGCCAGGAUGGGAGAAGGUGCAUCUCAGUGUUCGGCUAGAUCACCAUGUUGAAAUUGGAGAGAGUGGCAAUCUUAGGAUCCACAGGAGAUUUGAUCGUGGAACAAGAAUGUGGCAAUGGACUGGGACAAGAGCAGAUGGAUAUGUGAGUUAGAACUAAAAGGAGGUGAAUCUAUCGAAUUAGAAGUACUUACAUAAGAUUUUGUUGAUAUUACUGAGAUUCCACACUUGUCGGUUCUUUGAGAAAACUGGAGAAAUCGAGUGCCAGCUAUUGUGAGUCACUUAGAGACAUCGCUGGCUCAACUUGGGACUUACAAAAUUUGCAAGAUAUGGACAUUAGUGGUUUUGGGAUUGAAAAGCAUCCUAGUGCUAUAGGAAGGUUUAAAAAUCUGUGCACUAUAAGUCUCCUAUCAUGCUGUAAUCUGAAAGAGCAAUUCCAUGUGAUAUUGGUGACUUGUCUUCGCUUGAGAUUCUCUAUGUUACUUGAGGAAGUUUUGAUGCUUGUGAGGAUCCAAAACACUUUAUCUGGUCUUGACUGCACAUACUUGAAUGAUUUUGAUGUUGUAUUUUGAGUUGAGUCUGCUUUUUGUAUGCUCGUGAGGUUCAACCUCUCUGUUAAUCAAAUACAUAGCUACUGAUAUUUUUUUUUAUGUCA